CGACGCGCGCGCAAAACAUACAUAUAUAUAUACACAUAUUUUUUUAUUACACACAUACACGAAAUAAUAUACAUAUACUCUAGAUAUCGCGAUAGUAUACACGUCAGUCGGCCUCCAUAUAUCACGCUCACGAGCUCGCGCUCGCGCGCACGCACCCGCGCCCGCGCGUCAUCGCCUCGGAGCUACGGCGCACAAAGCGCAUCGUCGGUUCCUCGUUCCUCGCGCGUCCAUUCGCGUAUUUUAACGCGAGUUUUGCUGUUGUGCUGGUGCCUCGGUCCCUGUAGCUACGUUCCUUCUCUCUCUCUUUCCCUUUCUCCCUCCGCGGCAUACCAUAUCACCGGAGAACACUGUGCGUGCCCUGCACACGAUUGCACGCAGGUAAAACGACACAUUUUCUUCCGCUUUGUCCGUACGGGCGGGAGUAUAGAGCGUCCCGUAAAACAGCUGUCUGAAACAACUCAUCUGUCUCUCACCUUCUCCGUCGUACCUGCAUCGUCGUUGCCUCUAUUGUGCGCGUCGUGCCGCGUGCUGUGCGUCUCGCUUCCACACGUGCGUCAUUGCCUGUUCCUCUCGUUCGCCUCUCCUCCCCCCGGCUCCCCACUUCUCGGUUCUCUCGGUGGCUUUCGGCCGGCCGAGGCCAGCGCAGGCUCGAGGUAAACCCUCGACGAAGCGCUCGCAUUCGUCGACGCGAACUCUCCCUUGGUUGUCACGCGCUAUUAAUAUUCUCCGGCUCGUCCACCAGUCGUCUUCCGAGAGUGCGAGAGAACGUGUCAUGCUCAUCAGCUAGACGCGCAUCCGACUAGAGACGGUAACUACGAAAACGGAGACGACAACAACGAGGACGACGAGUCAUGGAGCAGCUAGCGAACGCAAUUUCGCGGUGGGUGCAUCCCCGCGAUUACGACAACGACGUCGCCGCGCGUCGUCCGCUCGAACCGUCGUCACUCGGCCAGGAGGCCGAGUCGUCACACCGUCCUCGUGAUUCCAUCGAGGAGAAUAACGAUUACGAGUGCCACAGCGAGUUUUGUCGAUAUUGCAACGCCUUGGAGAAGAGCUUGCUUUGGGAAGGUUGUUACACCGUCUUCAUCAACGUCUACAUAUUGCUCCUGUUCAGCGUAGUAGUCUGGGCUUACAAUGGACUAGGGAUGCCGCAGAUGCCCUUUGGUAUCAUUACCGUGUAUGUUAUUAUUCAAAUGAUGGUCGUGUACAAAGUAAUUAACACGCUAGCUCCAGCAGAGGAGCAUCCGAAAGUAUGCUCUAGGCUUCACUCCGUGUGGAAGAGACUGGGACAGUUGCGAAACGAGCGACGGGAAAUUUAUCAGUUCCUCCUUUGUUCCGUGGCAAUCGGCCUAUGGCUUUUUGGUCGCAUAAGCUCAUCGAGCAGCCGAAACACGAUAUACUGGAGCAUCAUAUUUGCUCCGCCUGUACUGCGACUACCGUUAAGAAUAUCCGAGAUGAUAACAACGUACCUCAGAUCGCACGGAGAUUGGAGGUGCGACAGCGACAUCGAGGAUGAAUUUUUACCAGUGGUGACAGAAGCGAAUCUUCAAGUAUUGAAUCGCGUGGGAGAGACUGGCGAUCGUUCGCCGACACCGACGCUGACGAGUGCAUUGUGGGACGAUUUUAACGGUCCUUUAAACGACGAGGAUCUCGUGGAGGGACUGAACAUACCCUCGCACGAGGAGGGAAGUACCGACGGUGUGGAACUCUCGGAAUUGGAGCUCAGUGUCAGCGAAAACGACGCCGAGGAGAACGACAUGAAAUUCCAGGCCGGCCACUUUGAGAAGAGUUCCUCUUCGUCUUCCGAGGAAGAGAUCUUGGACUCUAACAAGAUCAGUGCCGUCAGCAGCGACGAGAGUAAUGGCGAUAGCGACUUUGAAAUAAUCGACAAGGAAGAAGUAGCAAAGAUAAAGAUAUGAUGAAACCCGAUGACGGUGCGAUAUUAAUAAAAUUGAAAAUUAUCCGCGCAAUAAAAUUCGUACAUGUAAACACGUCCUUUUAUUUAGCUGCAAACGUGAAAAUACCCUAUUGGUUAAUUAACGAUUUGAUCGAUUUGAUGGUAAAGAGGUUCGCUCAAAUCGCGAGGAAAUUCAACUCUGCCAGCAAAAUUAAGUCAAACGAACGAAAUGAUUUCUUCGUUUGUUACUCUUGUCUCGUUUCAAUCGCGAACACGAACGCGCAAACGCGCGAUAUCGUAUCGAGUAUCGAUCAGGCGAUCUAUGCAAAGAUCGAAAAAAGGAAAACAGAUUUCUUCACUUAACGAUAGUUGUGUAUGUACAAUACAUUUGAUGGUAUUGGAACAUCGUGGACGAUAAAUAGGCAUAUGUACAUUUGCAAUGUAAUAAAUAUGCACAAACGUGUACAAACACUUGAAUGAGUCAGUUUACACGUUUGACCUAAUUGCGACGAAUAGCAGUGACUAUGCGACAUUGCUGCGUGAUGUGAGAAUGUGCGAAAGAAAGAGAAAGAGAAAGAGAGAGAGAGAGAGAGAGAGAGAUGAUCAAUAGAGGCUGCACUCUUUGGUAGCGCGAACAAACGAUUAGACGUGUAAGAAUGUAUUAUAUUGUAACAUGUGUCUGCAAGAUGUGUAAAAUAGGAGAUGUGCGCAAGAAGGUAUCCGAUGAGGUGUUUGUCGAGUCUGGCGCGUUUUGUAGAUCAUUUAUAAUUGGUGUUGUCAUCUUAUUCUUGUCUACGCAUCUCUACAUCUUUUAAAAUACACGAAACAGAUACAAAAA